AUGUCAUCCUCCCCUGGUCUUCCACUACAACAUCAGGUAACCGCGACCGCAUCCCCCAAUACUCUGCCCUCUAGGGCUCCCCCUCUUUCGCAUCAGCAGCAACUGAUACCACGAUCGGAAAAGAGGGAUUCGACGAGGACAGCCUCGCCAAACCGUUCGCCGCGCAAUACGAUUGAGGGUGAUUCGGAGGCCGAGACGGUAGUUUUGCCCGAAGCACCGACGACGGCCGACGUGAUAAGGGUAGAGACGCGCAGAAAACCCAAUACUAGUGCUACUGCAGAGAAUGGUGCGACUAACGAGCAUGAGAGGGGGAGGAGGAGAAGGGCUUCUGAAGCUGGGGGGACCGGAGGAGGAAGAGGUGGAGGAGGAGAGAGGACUUCUGGAAUUAGAAGGGAGGGUGCUAGUGGUGCAGCCGAAGGGGGAAGGGAAAGGAGUGGGAGGGAUGGGGGAAAUGGAAGUCGUGGUAGAGGCGUUGCUCAAAUGGCGAACGAGCGCAAACCUCGUGGCAGGCCACCGAAACGAAGAGCAAAGGUCGAAGACGAGGACGAGGACGAACAUGGUUCUUCCGACUUGAGCUCCGCGCCGUCGCGUUCUUCACGGACCGGUUCGCCAUCUUAUCCCAUCCAUCGCCGCAAAGUAAAGCAGCAGCAACGCUCUCAGCUGCCGCCCUCGCAACCACAGCACCAGGAGAAGCAGCGGGAGCAGCGAGAGAGGCAGACACAGCACAGCGGUGGGCUGCGGAAACGUAAGGUGCCCGGUUUCGUGAGUGGUGUUAGAGCGGACUCGUCUGGAUCUGAAGCCGAAAAUUCGGAUGACUUGAGGCAUAGCCGGCUGCGACGCAGAAAGCGAAGGAGGAGUUUACCGCUCGAUUCCCCACCGCCCCAAUCACGUCUUCCAAUGAAAUCCUCACCGCCCCCCUCUCCACAUUCGUUGAGUCUAUUCAAAUCUAGCGCGCGAAUCAAAGAGAAAACUCACGCUGGACAACGGGCAUUAAACCGUCGAAAAAUACCUACCCCAUUAAAUUCGCUGUCGCGGGAAAAACGCUCUGGUGACGAGGCCUCUUCUUCGUCACCUUCAUCUCGAGACGGUUCUCCUGCACACACUUCUCGUCACCCACAUCGUCCUCAAUCAUCUGUUCGAACACCUGGCUCUCCAGUAAGUAUGUCUCAUAAGCCAAAGAGGGAUACUGCUGGUCGGACACAUCUCCAUCGAGCGUGCCAGAGGGGAGCUGUUGCCGAAGUCGAAACUAUUCUUAGCCAAGGAAAAGAGUUUUUGAAUGAGGAGGAUAACGCGGGUUAUAUGCCUUUACAUGAAGCUUGUCUCCUUGGGCACCUAGACGUUGUCAAGGUUUUAAUAAAUAAUGGGGCAUGGCUCGAUGUUCCCUCCCGACUGGAAUUGGAUACACCACUGCUGGAUGCCGUUGAUAAUGGGCAUGCUGAUGUUGUCAAAUACCUUCUGGAGCUCGGCGCCGACCCGCGGAAACGGAAUAAACAGGGACAAACAGCCCUCGAUGCGAACUCUGCCAAUCGUGAAACCCCAGAAGUGUUCCAGGAGAUUGAAGACCUUCUGAAGGUCGCCAUCAACAAACCCCGCACGAAGCGCUCUUCUGAUGAUGAGAAUCCAAGAGCUAGCGCUGCUGCUGACAGUCAUUCCUCUCGUGAUCCAUCGGUAGCGAGCCCGGUUCAUCAAUCCCCACAAGCCCCCUCGGUUCCAACUGCGACCCGCCGCCGGAACGCUCGGACGGAACAAAGCCGAAAGGAUUUGCUAUGGCUGGAUGCUGGGAAGAAUGGUCUUCAGAAGCUCAGAGAAACGGCUCGGGAAGGGGACCAACAGAUGGUUCAUGCGUUACUGGAGAGGGGGACCAAACCUGAUACCGAGUCGUUAAUCGGCGCCAUUAAGGGUGGUCAUACUGAUACCGUUAGUCUGCUCUUAGCUUAUAGCGCUGUUGUGGACCCUGAACCUGGGAAUCCUGGGCGAGACGGCAGUCGAAAGAGUCGGGAUACAUCGAUCCCGGUUGGAGAAGAAACGCCUAUGCUUGCUGCUAUUGGUCGAGGGAACCUUGAAGUGCUACGAUAUUUGUUGGAGAAUGGUGUUGACCCGAGGCGACGGGAUAGCAAGGGGAAAUCAUAUGUAGACAUUGCACGAGAAAGGGAGGGGGAGUUCUGGGAGGAGGAGGUAGACAUGCUAAAGAAAGCUUGGGACAAGGCUGGCGGCGGAAGGGAGAGCAGGGCUGACAAAGCGAGGAAUCCUUCGACCCAUAAAGGCUCCUCUCCCAAACCUAAAAAGAUAACGGACGGAAAAACAGUAUCUUCCUCCUCACGUCGCCCCAACAAUACUUCCGCUUCUUCAAUAAACCUAAACAUGCCGCCUCGUCGCUCCUCGUCGGUUAACCCUUCUAAGUAUGACGACACCACCACCGCGGUGUCUGAUCACGAAUCCGCUGCGGAGCCCCUCGGCCCACCCCGACUUCGAAGGAAGCCUAAGCGAAGCGAAUCCGACUCGAUACCUCCAGUUAUCGCGAAAAGGAAGCGACGGUUAAUUUCCGGCAAGGAUUUGGCGGAGGAAAGGUCACAGGAUAUACCAAAAUCUACGCCUACUGGGGGGGAUGCUGAAGCUAAGGAUUCUAAGUCAUCGAGCCUAAGAUCUACUGAUAGGCCCUCGAGGAAGCACCGGUCGAGUAACGAUGAUUUCGGGCGGGAAAGGGCUGUUAUAAAUGUGUCAUUGGAGCGGGUAACUCGCGGGCCAAGGUCCGAUCGCAACGAUACGGGUCAGCACAAGCCGGAAAGCAGCGCCAGGGACAAAAGAUCCUCCGUCAAACGUGAAAGGACACGUUCCCCUGCCUCCCGAUCGGAAUCCGGGCGUAGGUCCGACCAUGAAGGAACUCGGAAGUACAAAAAAAUAAAAGAUCGUAUGGAGGAGCAUAUAUCACAGAAGAAGAAAUAUGAUAGUGAUAGCUCUGCCAAGAGACCAAAGGAGGAGCCGGCCGGAAGCAAUAGGCGAAAGCUCCAUCCUGAUGAUGCUCGGGGAAGAAAGGACUCUGCCAGCAGAUCUCGGCGACUUUCUCGAGAUGAGGGAGCCUCUGAAAGGCUGCAUCAUGAUAGAAGGGAUGAAGGAAGACUACGUCGGGAUAAGUCUGGGGACGUUCCCGAGAAGCAUAGGGAGACGGAGAGGUCUGGCCGCGAUAAGAGGGAAUCUGACAAGAGGAUCAAGGCAAGGGAGGAAGAAGAGAAACGCAAAGCAAAGGAGGAGGAUGACAAACGGAGAGAGCGCAAGCGGCAGGAUUUCCUCGCAAAGGAACAGCAAACUAUUCAGGACAAAGCCAGAGAAGAAUCCAAAAGGGCUAGGGAGGAGGAAGUUGUCAAUCGCGAACUAGAGCUCCGAAAGCGGCGUACGGAGGCCGAGCGGAUUGAACGAGAGAAAAGAGAGAGGGAAGAGAGAGAAGAGGAAGAACGUUUGGCGAGAGAGAAGGAGGCUAAGGAGAGAGAGGAGAGGGAGAGGAUCGCACGUGAGGCUCGUGAACGAGAGAUACGCGAAGCCAAGGAGAAGGAAGAGAGGGAAGCUCGCGAAGCCCGGGAGCGUGAAGAGCGGGAGGCAGAGGAAAGGCGUCAAGCUGAAAUCAGGAGAAAAGAGGAGGAGAAACGCCUUGAGGAGGAAAGGAAGCGCGAAGAAGAGAGGAAACGCCAGGAAGAGGAGGCUAGGAUCCGGAUCCAGGAGGAAAGGCGACUCGAGGAAGAACGCCGGAGGAAGCUCGCCGAAGAACAGCGCCUCAGGGAGGAAGCCGAGAAAGCCGAGAAACUCCGUCUUGAGCUCGAGCAACGCCGUGAAGAAGAGCGGAGACGUGAAGAGGAGCGCAGGCGGCAAGAAGAAGAAGCUCGCAAAAUUGCAGAGGAGCUCCAACGUCGGCUCGCCGAAGAGAAGAGGCGCAAUGAGGAAGCUGCAGAAAGAAGACGGCUGGAGGAAAAAGCUCGCCGCGAAGCGCUUCCUUACGCCCUUAGACAUGCAGAGGAUUCUCCCACCGUGUUGGGGAAGUCAAAGUUCCUGCCACUGUAUUGUGCCAUGUUCUCCGCCGGUUCCGCAUGCCCCUCGUCAACCGCGUCAACACCCGUUAAACCGGCUGGCAAUGGCGUCGCGCAAGUCAAUGGUGUUGGAAGCGUGAGGUCCUUUAAGUGGAUUCUUAAUGUUCAGGCAGCGUUGGUUCUGGGGGUCACAGAUCUUACUUUGGCUAGAUGUAAGUUCGAGUCUGGGAGCUCUUGUCCACUUGGGUACGGUUAAACUGAUCAAGCGUAGACGCCGAUCUCGAUCGUCAUCCGAUAACCCGUGAGGAGAGAUUCCGAAUGUGGUCAGUCCUUUCCGUGAUGCUCUGUGAGAGCUCAUAUGACAGUCACAAACCCAUCAACGAACUCGAGAAUGCACGCAGGGAAGAGAGAUCGAAGUUCCUCUCGAUGGAGCAAGUGUUCUGGAUAAGGGUAUGCUCACGUGCCCCCAUGCCAACCAUUUCCUGUAUCUAACCGGAAGUGAUCUAGCUGGACGACUUUAUCGCUCUCAUUAAUACGGACCCGAAAUAUAUCUCCCUCGCAGCUUCAAAUCCCAGCACCAUCGAUGUGGACAUGACCUUUGCAACUUCCAACCGCUCCACUCCCGUCAAAUUAUGUCCGAACGGAACCACAGCACCCGCAACGCCUGCCUCUACAAGCAAGGAGGAAAUGGCACUCAGACUCUCGAAGCUAUUUGGCGCAUCACUUCCUUCCACCUCCACACCUACUGUAUCCCCAACCUCAAACUCCUUCCUACCGAUUAGUGCUGCUUCCACGGGAGGUAGUUCGGCAAAUCCGAUGCCGCCUCCUGGGCCCACAACCAUUACUGCUACUACUGGCGCCUCAUCAUAGUUUUUCCCCCUUGGUUUUAUUUUUUUAUUUUUUUGCUUUUAUUGCUCAUGGGGGUGUUCUUUCCUGGGUUCAUUUUCAUUUCCAUGUUUUUCCCUCGGUCCUCCGGUCUACAACAUGCACAUUGCUCCCCAUCCACCCGUUCAUGCAUUGGCGGGGAAGGGAGGAACCACCGUAUCGGCCCGGGGUGACGGGGGAGAGCUUUCCGGAGCUGUUGGGGAGGAGGGGAAUCUAUACCGGCCGUGUUUUCCCCAUUUCCUUUUUUCAUUUCAUUUCAUCUCGAGUCAUGCUUACUGUGUUAUGGGGGUUUUCAUUUUUCGGGGUAAAGAUUUUUUUUUAUACAGCAAUGGGUAUGCUUUGCUUUUCUCUGCGUGUGUUUCUUUGGGGAGGGGUUACUUCGUUGAAAGUGAAGACAGAAAUUACCAUAUGGGAUCCUGUGAUGUCUUGUUGCCGUUUGCUUUUUGUUUAAGGGUGCCUAGGCUUAGCGUAGCGUAUGUUCAUGUGAUGAUACCGUAUGAGUUUUCAAUUUUUUUCCCUUUUUUUUUGGAAGUUUUGAUGACACCCGGUUUUCGCUGAGUUUGAAAUAACUUUGGUUUUUCCUACCUUUUCCCUUCUUUUGCUUUUUUGCUUGCUCGAUGGUGUCGGCGCCUGAUUUUUGUGAAAGUGGUGGUAAGUACGGCAUACAGUAUGGUAUGUAGCUUAAAUCAUGGAUCAUGGAUGCUUUGGUUUGCAUAGGGUGUAUUACUAUUUAGCUUCUUCAUGCUCAAUUCAUCGAAUUAAUGUUCUUCAUUCUCUUUUUCCCGUCUGCAAUGUCACGAAUGGAUGGUUCCGAAGGUGGGUGAUCCACCAAAAAGUGAUUGAUUCGCUUUAAUUGACUGAUGAUCCGACGGUCUGCAGGGAAGACUUUUAUUUUGUGUUCGAUGCUUGCUUUCUUUGCUCCAUACAAGUUUAUACCCCGCCAGCCCUGUUGGGUUGAGGGAGAAAGGGAAAAAGACUUGAAUAGAGAGAACAAGAGAAAAAGAUGGAAAUUAGCGGGUUUGGAAGUAUUGUAGGAGAACGUUUCUCUCCUGGCUCUCCUCACCCCAAUCCCUGACGACAACGCAAGAGCAGUUGACGACCUUUCUGGCAUUUCCUUCACGAUCCAAGACGCCUGCACCAAUUAGCCCAGCCCCUCCCCACUUCCAAUUUGCGAAGGAAGAGAAGACAGAGGGAAGAAACUUACAAAGCCCAGCCCACUCCCCCAACUUCUUCCCAUCGGCAAUUUUAAUCAAGGGGAUCUUGUGUUCGGAGCACAAAGCCUCCACGAGCUUCUUGUAUGGCUCCUCCUCGCAGUUCUCGUUGAGCACAGCCAUGUGGGCUUGACGACAAUCCAGCGCCUUGCUCGCCUCGCGGAGGCCACGGGCGAGGCCGUCGUGGAUGAGUGCGUGCUUGAGGACCCCCUUGAGUGCUUCCUCGACGGACAUCUGGCCCUUGGAGGCGCUGUCGGCCGGGACCUCGAUCUCGUCGGCGGGUUCGACGGGUGGGACUUCUUCUCCUGCGUCAGACUAGUGGUAAUACCUGUUAGUGUGUUGUUGCCACGAUAUAUAGAAGGGGAGGUACCAUGAUUGGGAUUCUCUUUAUAGGUGGGAGUAAUGUCUUUAACCGUCCUCGAAGAAAUUCCGUUUGGUGGUCGGUGGUGUUGAAGGAGGGGUGGUGCUUUCUUUCAGUGAGAGGAAAAUCAGAAAAGAAAAUAAUCCUAGCCCGUGAAAGUUUCACU